UCCAGAUCAUCACUUGAAAAUAAAAAGAUGAGCGACAAAUAUAAGAAUCUCAAAGUAAAGGAACUUCAAGAAUUAUUGACGAAGAGAGACCUUCCUGUCACCGGAAAGAAAGAGGACCUGAUUGAACGUUUAGUUAAACAUGACGAAAAAGAAGAAAAAGAAUUAAAGUCAUUAGAAGAAGAAUUCGGUGAUCUUGAAGACUUUGACGAAUCUAAAGUUCCUUUAGACUCUAAAGAACUCGAGGAUAUUCUGGGCGAUGAAAGUAAGGAUACAGCGGAUGAUAUUACUCUUUCUGUGCCAACCUCAGAAUCAAAGGAUGCGACUGCGAAAAAUAAAACGACUCCCAGCGAUACAGUCAAAAUAGCACCAAAAGACUCAAAGACGAAUGUCGAAGAGAAAUCUAGCAGCAACUUCAAAUUUACACCCGUCACAUUUAAUGAUAAAAAUACAACAACUACUGGAACCACAGAAGCUUCUAAGAAAACUGCUACUGCUGCUUCACCCCCCGCAGCUAAACAAACAACUUCAGACACCAAGCCCGUGGCGAAGUUAGAUGAUGCUGAAAGAGCCUUAGAAAGGGCCAAAAGAUUUGGUAUUCAAUUAAACGAGAAGGCCAAAAAAGAAAUUCGUGCACAGCGAUUUGGCAUUAAUACAAAUAAGCAAGAAGUGAAGAAGAGCCACAAACUAGGCAUCGAUCCUGAAGUACUUAAAAGGCGUGCCGAAAGGUUUGGUAUUUCUGAUAAUGCUGCCACAGUAGCUGCGUCUAAAGGAAAGGCACCAGUAAACUUCGAUCCGGUAGAAGAAGAAAAGAAACGAAAGAGAGCUGAACGAUUCAAUAUGGGAAAUAAGAAGCAGAAGGCGGAGUAGUUGUGUUGAAAAAAGAGUUUAUUAUGAUUUUCGAUGCUAUGAAGUAUAAAAGAUAAUAAUUGUGGGAUAUUUUCUUUAUUUUUUUUUCGAGAAC